AUGGCCACAAUGGACAAAGACCCAGAGGGCCCCACCAUCGCCUGCCCCAUCAUCGCCUCCAACUCCAGCUUCAUCUGCGUCACAGCAAAGUCUCCCAAGGCAAGUGCCCAGUUUGUGCUCCCAGAGAUCAGCACCAUCCAACAGUUCAAGGAGGAAAUUUCCAAGCACUUCAACUGUGAGACCAACCAGCUGGUGCUCGUGUUCUUUGGAAGGAUCCUGAAGGAUCAGGACACCCUCCGGCAGUGUGGGAUCAUGGACGGAAUGACUGUCCACCUGGUGAUCAGAUCCCUCAAGAGGGACCAGGAAGACCCACCUCAGCCUCCCUAUGUGCCCAGGACCAUGACACAUGCCCUGAUCCCAUCUGCCAGCAGUCUCACCUCCCCUGCUUUCAGCCCAAGCAGUCAGGGCUCCUGGGGCCUCCCCGACCUGAACCCCACCAGUACUGAGUGGCAGGUGGUGCCCACCUCAGAGAUGAUCAUCCAGAAAGUCCGGCAAGUGAUUCUGGCCAACCCAGAGAUCCAGCAGCUGGCUCAGCAAGUCCCAGCCAUCAGCCACAUCCUGAACAAUAUGGACAUCAUGAGGGUAAUCCUGGAUAAAAUGAGGGAAAUCAUGGACCUUGCCAAGAACCCUGACAUGAUCCAGGACCUGAAGGCUCCAGACCAAGCGUUGAUCAGCCUUCAAGGCAGCAUCCCUGGGGGUGACAACCCACUGAGGCAACUGAACAGUGAGAUCCAGGAGCCCGGGCUGAGCGCAGUGCAGGACCUCUUUGCCUUCAGCAACCCCUAUGCCACCCUGGUGAGAAGCCCCUGCCCAGAGCACACAGGCCUGGGCAGCCAGAGCUCCCACAUGGAAACCCCAGAGCGCAUGGGCACCUUGCCCAUCUCCCACAGUUCCACCAGCAUUUGUACCAAUAGCACCUGCAGCGACGAAGGAGGCAUCUUCAGUAGCCUGGCCAAUCCUCUCGGGCACAGCUCAUCCAUGCCCAACCUCGCCCCCACUGCUGGGGCAGGGAUGUUCGGUGUGGGUGGCAUCCAGAACCCAGAUGCCAGCGAGAUCCCCAAGCUCAUUGUGAACCUUUGCAACGCCUACACCAAGCGCAUGAUGUUCUCCCUCAUGCAGAACGCGCUGCUGGCCUCCGAAGGGUCAGGCCAGGCGUCUCAGCAGGAGCAAGUCCAGCAGCUGUUGCUCCACUUCUCCCAGCAGAUGCAGAGCCCAGAGAUGGUGGCCGCCAUGUCCAACCCCAAGGCCAUCCAGGCCUGGGUGCAGAUGGAGCAGGGCCUGCAGGCACUGGUAGCCGAAGCCCCGGUCCUCAUCCCCUGGUUCAUGCUGCGCUUGAGAGGGCUGGGGUACUCGACCGGGGUGAGCCCGUGGGCCAAUGACUCCCCAUGCCAAGGAUCGGCUGCUCUGGAAUAG